AGUGCCAUGCUGCCCUGAUGGAGCCCAACGCCUUCCCCCAGCUGCAGCUCUGGUGCCCACGGCCCUUCGGCACCUACUCCCAGAACAAACCAUGCCCUGGUCCUGGCUCCACCAAGAAACCCUUCUCCUGCCGUCCCACCGAAGAGCCUGCUGGAGCACGGGCUCCCUCCGAAAACACGCCGCCGGCUGCUGCCGAUGCCACCCCAGCUCCGCCGGCAUCGGCAGAGGAAGGUCGGGUGCUGCUGGACACGUGGUAUGUCAUCAAACCGGGCAACACCAAGGAGAAGGUGGCUUUCUUUGUGGCACACCAGUGCGGCGGUGGCAUCGGUGGUGGCAGCACUGGUGGCCGUGCCAGCACCAUGAAGGUAAAGGGCAACUGGGGCAGUGACAGCUCCAAAGCAAAGCGACGCCGACGAUGCCACGACCCCACUAAGAGCAAGCCAAGCCCAGCAUGGGCUACUGGCGGCAGGGACCCAGCUUGCCCGCGCCCCAGUGAACUGUCUGCCGCUGCAGGUGAAGCCCCCGACUUGCUGUCGGUGGCGGAGAUGGUGGCGUUGGUGGAGCAGAGGACAGCGCUGGCGUUGCAGAGCUUUCCACGGCCCUGCGGCGCUCCCACCGCCCCCCUUGUCUUCGUGGAGGCGGCUGGCAGUGAAACCAAAGCGCCGAGUGGCUCUGAUUGCAGCCGGGUGGCCGAAGCCGUUGCCCACUUCGAGUCACGGCAGCGGGAGCACGGCGGCACCCGACCCAAUGGGUUGUGCCGCUCAGGCGCUGAAUGUGCUGCUGCAGCAGCGGCAUCAUCGGCACCGGGUCCCGGUGAGGUGCGCAUCGCCUUCCGCAUCUCCAGCGGCCGCGAGCCCUGUGCUGGAGCCACGGCUGAGCAGGGUGCUGUCGGGCGUCCCAAUUGUGUCUUUAUGAGCUGUGGGACGGCGAGCGGUGGCAGUAAUGCCGGUGGUCGCACCAAGGACAAGAUCACCUGUGACCUCUACCAGCUGAUCAGCCCGUCCCGUGACGCACUGCCCAACAAUGUGGAGUUCCUCCUGGCCACCGCUGGUCCCAAGGGGGACGGGGACGGCCCUGACCCGGAGACGGGUGAAGGAACCGUCGAGGCGUCAUCGGUGUCGGCGCGGGAUUGCGCCUCUGGAUUCCAUGUGGACGUGGUGGUGACGGGGGUGGUGGACCAGUGUGUCUUCUUCGGCAAGGACAGCGCCAAGAAGAUGAAGGAGGAGACGGUGCGGCUGCCGGCAGCAGCACAGGAGGACCCACCGCCAGGGCAGCUCUUCCUCCUGCCCGUCCCUGAGGAGACGCCGGUGGCGGAGGACACGGAGGCUGGCGAGGAGCCAUCAGCUGUCCCCGACCCCUCGCUUUGCCGUUUGUACCGUCACGUCUCCCACGACUUUUUGGAGAUCCGCUUCAAGAUCCAGCGGCUGCUGGAGCCCCGGCAGUACAUGCUCCUGCUGCCAGAGCACGUCAUGGUGAAGAUCUUCAGCUACCUGCCCACCCAAGCGCUGGCCGCCCUCAAGUGCUCCUGCCACUACUUCAAGUCCAUCAUUGAGACCUUCGGGGUGCAGGCCACUGAUUCCCGCUGGAACCGUGACCCCCUCUACCGCGACGACCCCUGCAAGCAGUGCAAGAAGCAUUAUGAGAAGGGGGACGUGUCCCUGUGCCGGUGGCAUCCCAAGCCCUACCACCAUGACCUGCCUUAUGGCCGAUCCUACUGGAUGUGCUGCCGGAGACCCGAUAAGGAGGCACCCGGUUGCCGGGUGGGCUUGCACGAUAACAACUGGGUACACCCGGCCACCCGGCGCGAUGACGGCAGGUGAAGGGACAAGCGCCGGCGGGGACAGUGGUGGCAGAUUUUGGGGACAUGGAAGGGGGAGGUUGUCUGCGGCGGUUGUUGGAAAAGGGCAGAGGAGA